GAGGACUUUGCUGUUAUCAAACUCUCUCCUACUGAGCAGCCUCGUCCUGCCACUGUGGGAGAGUACCACUAUGCACACUUCAUCUCGGAGAUGCCUGUCGGCAGUGCUGUUACUAGUAAUAUGGCUAGUAGCCAGCCACGCGUCCAACGAGUCCGCCAGUGGCAGCGGCGAUCCCAGCUUGGUAAGCAGCUUUCAAAGAGCCUGCUUCAGACUCUGAAGCUGUUGGUGUUUCGCAACGGCACACUGGCUUAACAAUCACUGGGCGUGCACUUUUUCCUACACGUGAACCUCCCCCUCACAUGUGGGGUGUUUUUGGGAUGAUCGACGCUGUGAAACCGACACUGUUCCGCAGGAAAACCAACUGGUGUUGAGGAGGGGGGCACAAUUUUUUCGCGAUGGAAGAGGCUUCUAGUAGUCGAGCUUUAUUAAUUACUCACUCGUGAUACUCACUCUAGGUGGAAGACAGUCCAAGGAAGGCGCUUGAACGAAGCCAAGUCGAUGUCGCCAAUGCAUUAAGACUGAACUACCAGGGAAGCUACGGCGCUGAUGAGGGGGGCCGUCCCCACGAAUCUUCCCCACGGCCGAUUCCAACGCCUGUCCCUGAAACGCUCUACGAGGCAAAUUUUGGUUCCUGCGGCAUUCCAGAUGUUGCUGAUGAAGAGGAGUGUGUGGCUGGCCUCGCGGGAUUUCCCCUGCUCAAGGCGCAGAGUGGCUCACCCAUAGUGCGCCAGCUGGCGGCCCUGGCGCACUCGAGCCUGCGCCCCUGGAUGGGCAUUCCCGGGGUUAGAAAGGGUAUGGGUGCACGGGGAAUGAUCAGCCCUAGGAUUCUACACCGUAUGGGUGAAAUGUACCAUGUGCUAUCGUGCGCUGGUCACGUGCGGAUAGUAAACGGCGAGGUCUUCUUCCGCUUCGGCGCGUUCGAGUUUUUCUGGUACCGCAUGCGCCGCUUCAUCUUCUCCCUCCUCAUGAUCAAGGAAGCCAUCACCCUCUACAAGCUGCACUCCCUCAACGCCGAGUUCUACCUCAGCACCUGCGACCUGCACAUCAGCAAGGCUUCCUCUGCCGCACAGCAUCGCGCCGGCCUUCCCAUUUUCAGCCCGCAUGGCGCUCCCGGGAGCAUCGACAUUCUGUAUCCUGACCCUGUGGACUUAAGCGAGACAUAUUUCAGGAGCGGCGUGGAAGAUUCUGUGCCUUGGGCGCAGAAACAGAGUCGUGCCGUGUUUCGCGGGGGGAUGACCAACUUUCACGUCAACUAUGACAGGCAGUGGCGGGCCAGCCCGCGCUUCCGCGUGCACCGGAUGUCUGACGUGAGGCCGGAUCUACUGGACGCUAAGGUAGUCCCAAGUUUUGCAAACCCCGGAGUGGAGCCACAAUUCUUGAAGAGCCUGCAUGCGGAUGGGAUUGAGAUGGGUGACCGUCUCGGCCCUUCUCAGCUGCAGGGCUACAAGUACGAGCUCGAUGUGGAUGGCGGAACCGGCAGCGGGCGCGUGUGCGGGAUUCUGUCGAGCGACCAGAUGCUAAUCAAGCAAUCAAGCGAAUACACACAGUUCUUUGACCCGCUGCUGUGUCCCAACAGGCAUUUCGUCCCCACACACCGUUACUUCUCCAAUUUAUACCACCAGAUUGAGUGGGCUCGGGAUCAUGACAAGGCGGCUCAACGGAUUGUGAAACAGGCCAAUCGGCUUGCGAGCGAUGUGUGCACGUGGGAGGGACGCCGCCUCUACUGGGCGAUACUCCUAGCCAAGUAUGCCACCAGCGCCUUGGAGUCUCCUGCCAGCAUCACCCGCCCUGCUGUUUUCAACUGCAGCGUUCACCCGACCCAAAAUGACGUGGAAAAUAAUUCCAUCCGCUCCAAGCCAGCGCCAUCCGUUUGGCUUCCCAGGUGUGACUCACCAGACGUGGAUGCGAACCAGCCACCGUGUACAUUCCUCUGCGUGGGGAGAAUCCCCCAGCCCAAGUGGAGAUGGCUCUCAGCUGACAUUCUCAACGAUAUCGAGGUCUUCAAACCUCAAAACAGCCGGAUUAAGUUCGUUGACAAUUAGGGGGGUCAUUGCCUGUUUGUGCCCUGCUCAUUUGUACCUUGGGUUGCAGGGAGAUGUCUCCUGGUGAUCGCUGGUGGGUGGUGGCUAAUGAGGGCGUGUCCAGCGCGUUCAUUUUGCCCCAACACGAGUUUUUGACGUUCUUUAAACACGCCGAAAUAUUGAUUCCCC